AUGGAGACAUGGAAUCAAACUUCCAAUGAUUUUAUUUUGUUGGGAUUGAUUUCCCCAAAUCAAACUGGCUUGUUUCUCUUACUCCUGAUCAUCUUCAUAUUCUUUCUCGCCUCACUGGGAAAUUCAACCAUGAUUCACCUCAUACACUUGGAUCCCAGGCUCCACACUCCAAUGUACAUUCUCCUAAGCCAGCUCUCCCUCAUGGACCUGAUGUCCAUCUCUACCACUGUUCCCAAGAUGGUGGUCAACUUCUUCUCUGGUGAGAAAGGUAUCUCCUUCCUAGGAUGUGGGAUUCAGAGCUUCUUCUUCGCAACUACGGCAGGUUCUGAAGGUUUAAUUCUGGUUUCUAUGGCCUAUGACCGAUAUGUGGCCAUCUGCCAUCCCCUCCAUUACCCCAUCCACAUGAGUAAAAAAAUGUGUGUGAAGAUGAUUAUAGGAUCUUGGGUCUUGGGGAUCACCAACUCUUUUGCACACACGGUCUAUGCUUUCCAUAUUCCUUACUGCCAGUCCAGGGCCAUUGAUCACUUCUUCUGUGAUAUCCCAGCCAUGAUGCCCCUGGCUUGUAUGGACACCUGGGUGUAUCAGUACUUGGUUUUUGUGAGCACAAUUUUAUUUCUCCUCAUUCCUUUCCUUGGAAUCAUUGCUUCUUAUGGUCGAGUGCUUUUUGCUGUCUACCAUAUGCGCUCCAAAGAGGGAAGAAAGAAGGCCUUCACCACCUGUUCAACACAUUUAACUGUGGUGACAUUUUACUAUGCACCUUUUAUCUACACCUAUCUCAGGCCUAGGAAUUUCCGCUCACCUGAAGAAGAUAAGAUUCUGGCCGUUUUCUACACCAUUCUGACCCCCAUGCUCAAUCCCAUUAUCUACAGCCUGAGGAAUAAGGAAGUCCUGGGAGCCAUGAUAAGAGUGCUUCCAUUAUUGUUCUCCAAGAAGAAAUAA